AUGACGGGCCUGGCACCCCGAAGGCACCCGGCUGCCAACGCGUCUUCCCGCCCAGGGCGCGGGAGCCGCGCGAGCGGGAGGCUCGGCGGUUCUGCUCCCGCCGCCCGGUCCAAACUUUCAAAAGAUGCGGCGGCCGCGGCCCCGCCCCUCCCUGCUUGGUUGGAGGCGGCGGGAGGCGGAGGCGGAGCCGGCGGGCUCGGGCCGGUUGGCUCCGCCUCCUCCCGCUGCCGCCGCCUCCCUUCAGGCGCCCGACCCAGCUGCAGCCCGCCGGCUCGCCGGUGCAGCCGCGAUGCCCCGGAGCCCGACCCCGGCCCGGGUGCCCGGCCCACCGCGUUAUUAGCCUCCGUGCGCCCCGAGCGCGCCGCCGCCGACGCAGCGGCCCGACGCAGCGAUGGGCAACACGGUGCACCGGACCCUGCCAGGUCCCUGCUCCCAUACCCGAGCCCGCCGGCACGCCUCCUGGCCACCCGCCCAUGCUGUGGCCCAGGGCCGGAACGGCGCCCGGUCCUAGGCGAAGCGCCCCGCUUCCACGCACAGGCCAAGGGCAAGAACGUGCGACUAGAUGGCCACUCGCGGCGGGCCACCCGGCGUAACAGCUUCUGCAACGGCGUCACGUUCACGCAGCGGCCCAUCCGACUGUACGAGCAGGUGCGGCUGCGCCUGGUGGCAGUGCGCCCGGGUUGGAGCGGUGCACUGCGCUUUGGCUUCACGGCGCACGACCCGUCGCUCAUGAGCGCCCAGGACAUCCCCAAGUACGCCUGCCCCGACCUUGUCACGCGACCUGGCUACUGGGCCAAGGCGCUGCCCGAGAACCUGGCGCUGCGUGACACCGUGCUGGCCUACUGGGCAGACCGUCACGGCCGCGUGUUCUACAGCGUCAACGACGGCGAGCCGGUGCUCUUCCACUGUGGCGUGGCCGUGGGCGGCCCGCUCUGGGCGCUCAUCGACGUCUAUGGCAUCACGGAUGAGGUGCAGCUCCUCGGCACCCUGCAGUCCAGCCCUUCGACCACGUCUCCAUCAGGGUCCCUCAGCGGCUCCCAGGAUGAUAGUGAUUCUGAUAUGGCCUUCAGUGUCAACCAGUCCUCCUCAGCAUCUGAGUCAUCCCUGGUGACGGCACCCAGCUCCCCGCUGAGCCCCCCAGUGUCUCCCGUGUUCUCCCCACCAGAGCCGGCAGGCAGCAAGAAUGGCGAAUGCACAGUGUGCUUUGACGGUGAAGUGGACACAGUCAUCUACACGUGUGGACAUAUGUGCCUAUGCCACAGCUGCGGCCUGCGGCUCAAGAGGCAGGCCCGGGCCUGCUGUCCCAUCUGCCGGAGGCCCAUCAAGGAUGUCAUUAAGAUCUACAGGCCGUAG